CCCAUUCGCCAUUCCCAUUUUUAAUCUGUUCUGUGAUUCCCAUUUCAUCUUUCAUCCGACGGGUUCAUCUGUGAAAGCUCCUCCGUCAGGCGGGAGCAAGAAGUGUCUAUAUACCUUAUAUGUUUAACAAACCUUUUUACAGUUGCUGACAGGAAAAAUAAAUUAAUAAAAGUAUCCGUGCAGAUAUAAGAGACUGCCGGGUCCCGGGAUCAUAUAAUAAAGAAAAUAAGUAGGAACCACAUCUAUAAGAAUAGACCGACCGGAUUUCCAAUAUGGCCAAUGGAACCAGACAAUUGGGAAUCUAAUAAAAAUAAUGAGCAUGAGCUGGCUAAUGGGACGAAAAGGACCCAAGCCUAUGAAGAGAGAGUAAUUUCCUCUUCGCAAACUAUUACUACUACCUGCUACUUGACCUCUUUCCACUUUCUUUUUUUAUACUUGUUGACAUCAAUGGAAAAGUGUAUUAUAUUGUGAUUCUAUAUAUUUUUUAAUUCAUUCUCUAUUUAUGGUACUUACUAUCAGUUAUAAUGGAAAAUAAAAAGGAAAUAGUUACAUUUGAUAUUGAAGGAAGUGCUGUUGAGUGUGAUAAAGAAUUAUUAAUUAAAAAUAGUGAUUAUUUCUCUGCAAUGUUCAAAGGGUACUUCAAAGAAAGUUCAGAGAAUAAUAUAAAACUUCAGGGAGUGGAUUUAAAAGCUUUUAACCUGAUAAUGUUAAUUCUAUGGGAAGAAUCCGACAUAGUUACUCUAGACCUAAACGAAACUUAUUUACUAUUAGAAGCUGCUUGUAUGUUACAAUUUAAUUCAAUUAAGCAAUUAUGUGAAGAGCGAAUAAUGAUUGUAUUGUCUCCUUCAACUUCUUUACGCACAUGGAAAACGGCAGAGCUAUUAGACAUAAUUCCUUUGUAUUUAAAAGCAAAAUGUAUGGCAUUAGAAAAUUUUAUGGAGAUUUGUGAGAGUGAUAGUAUUUUAGAACUUAAUUUAGAAGAACUCUGUCAAUAUUUAGGUCAUAUUUAUUUGAAUUCGCAUAAAGAAUUUAUAGUUUUUCAAACAGCAAUGAGCUGGUUUUAUGAAAAUCAAAAUCAAAGUGAGAAUAUCAAUCCAACUAAAGUAGUAUUGAAACUUUUAAGUUGUAUAAAUUUUAAUGCUUUAAAUGUUGGUGAAAUUACUGAAAUGAAAACGUAUCCUAAUAUAAGUGAGAAUGCUGAAAUUCAAAUGAUAUUAAAUUGUAUAAUAAAUCUGAGAAAUAAUAGAUGCACGGAUGUGGUCGAUGAAUUUGAUCGUGAUGUUGUAUCUACAGCCGUGCAUCUUUGUGGUGCUAAAAAUAGGAAGAUUUCUGUGAAACCAUGCAUUUUGUUACAAAGUAUGCACCCUACACAUACCCCACAAAGCUCCAGAAUCACAACUAUUGUAAUUUAUGACAGAUUUCAUCGAAAACAAACUUUGACGGCAAUGAGUGCCAGCCACUUAUCAUUAAGUGUUAUGUCGGGGUUAGCUUAUGACAGUUUGACUGACACAUUUAAGCAUUUUUUUCCUCUUGAGGAAAAAAAAGUGGAACACAUAGAAGGAUUUAAGCUUGUGCGGUACAAACAUUUUAUUUUUUUCUUUGGUGGACAGCAUCUCCGUGGGUCUAACGAGUGGAACUUGAAUUUGUGGUCUUUCGACACAUUCAAAAACAAGUGGGAACGAAGAAAUAAGUUGCCCCAUGGUCGACGCCAUUUUGAAACGUGCAUCGUGGGGGAUUCUCUUUAUAUUGUUGGCGGAACUGGAAGAUUUCGGGUACUGCAGAAUAACCUAUUGCACUGCGAUCUUAAAACAGGUAAAUGGUCUUCUGAAAUUAUUAAUCUACCAAAAGACAGUAGAGAGUACCAAUGUUGUUCGUUUUUGGGACAAUUAUGUAUUCUUUAUGUCAACCAUGGGACAGUUUAUACUUUCAACAUUGCCGACAGUUCAUGGCAAUCCUUUAAAAUAGCUGUUGAAGAAGAGGUAGUUAACAGUUUGGGAAAAUAUACAGUUUUUGCUGAUUCUACGUACAUAUACAUUAAAGGUAGGAAAUUAUUAAGGCUGAAAUUCGAGAACAACAGCUUUGUGUUGGACAAACAAAAAGACGUUAGACUAUCGGAAUGGAUAGAGAUUCAGUGCGUGCAAUGUAAUAAUUUGGUCUACACCAUCUACAAAUGCUUCGACGAGAAAUACGAGUUUUGCUAUACGCUGGAAGAGAUGAAUUUGGAUACUGACGAAAUUAGGAAUAUUUUCGAGAAUAAAAUUGCAGAAACUGAUCCAGUAGUUGUGGAUAAGAAAACAUUCUACAUCAGAGCAAACACUACUCAAUUGUUCUCAACUGCGUCUUACCAAUAUGUUAAAGAAAAUAUUUUUGUAAACGAUUUUUUGUAACAUUCCUUGUCAGAUAUAAGCAUGGUCGAUUUUAUUCAAAACAUCUUGAAAAAAAUCAUAACAAUUUGUAUACGAUCGAAAAUUAAACGGCGUCCCAGUGACUUUUGAAAUGAUGCUCAACGAUAAUACCAUACGAUCAAAAAAAAACGGCGUCACAGGCACUAUCAAUAAUAAUAUUGGCCUAUAGACGAUAUUUACUGAGCCCGUACACUUCUUUAUUUUUCAAACGUCGCAAAAGUAUUACUUUUAGCGACAUGAUUGACAAUAUAAAAAAGUCAUUUUAACGCCUAGUCAUAAAAGUAAAGCCCUUUUACGCCUAAGCAUAAAAUUACGAAAUUCUGCGCUGUGCUCGACAUAUUGUGGAAAUACC